CAGGAGGGACGGGACGUGAGAAGAACUGUUUCCAUCACCCUCCUGGCCUCUUCUUUUUUGUUGUUGUUGUCCAGGCAUGGCUGAUCUCAUGAGGCUGCUGCUCCGGGUGUCUGAGAAGGCUGCGAACGUGGCUCGGGUCUGCAGACAGGAAGCUCCCCUCUUUCAGCUCCUCGUGCAGGAGAAGACCGGAGAGGACAAGAACAAGAAGUUUGUGCAGGACUUCAAGACCCUUGCAGAUGUGGUGAUCCAGGAGAUGAUCCGGCACGAUGUGGGGGCUCAGUUUCCUGAAAUGGCAGGUUUCAUCCACGGAGAGGAGUCGAACAAGUUUGAAAAUGGACUAGGAGAGAGUGUGACGGUCAACGUGUGCAGCACCAAGGAAGAAACCGCAACACUGCUGUCCGCGGUGUUAGACGGCGACCACACGGCCGCGUCUCUGCUGGCUCAGGCCAUCCACCAAGACCCAGAGACCAUCGAAGCCAACACAGACGGCGUGACGGUUCCCCUCAGGCCGUCCGAGCUCGGCAUCUGGAUCGACCCCAUAGAUGCCACCAGUCAGUACAUAGAGGGCCGCGAGGAGGUGCUGGAGGAGGGGCGCCUGUCUCCUUCUGGUCUGCACUGUGCGCUGGUUCUGAUCGGGGUUUACCUGCGGAGCACAGGCGAACCUGUCAUGGGUGUAAUUAACCAGCCCUUUUACCACAAAGACCCAACAGGCAGAGGGUGGAGGGGAAAGCAGUACUGGGGCGUGUCCUGCGGCAACGUCAACGUCUGUUCGACAUCACGGCCCGAUGAUGGAGCAGAGAAGGAGCGAGGGUCGUCUGUGGUGCUGAGCUCCAAUGAGAAGCAGGCGGUGAAGGAGGCUCUGACCUCGCUGUGUGGCCCCGACAAGCUGAUGUACGCUUCUGGAGCCGGAUACAAGAUCCUGUGCGUCAUCCAGGGCCUUGCUGACGCUUACGUCGUGUCAGAAGGGAGCACCUUUAAGUGGGACUCCUGUGCUCCCCACGCCCUGCUCCGAGCCCUCGGAGGCGGAGUGGUGGACUUGACUAAGAGUCUGCAGUCUGACUGUGGAGUACAGGACCAGGAAACGGAAGUGACCUAUCACCAGCCCUCCACUGAGCGCAAAGGAGCAGAGCGCUGGGCCAACCACGGGGGCCUGGUGGCGUACCGAGACAUUUCUCAGCUCCGCAACAUCAUCGGGGCGCUAAAAGGCAAACUGUAGGUGAAUUAUUUAAUGCUGGGUUUAUGAUCCUCCAUGUUUUGUACAGUGUUUUAGUUGGAGAUAAGUGGGAAUAGAGACAAAAUAUUUGUUUUAUUCUGUCCUCGGCAUGUGCGCUGAACAUGACUUGACAGAUGAGUUGUACGUUUUAACAGAUGCUGAGUGUACGUUAUGUAACCACACAAGUCUUAUCAGUUUGAGACGUGAUUUCACGUUUUCUUAAAGCACGUUUACCUGUUGCUGACGUCACACGACUCUUAAAGGAGCCACGUCGUAAUAUAGAAACACAAAAUUAUCUUUCAGAUAAUAAACAUAUUUUAACAGA